UACAUGUUUUUAGGUUGCUGUGACGAACGUAGAUCAUGAGUAAAAACAGCAAAAAGGUAAUGGCGGAUAUUCUUUAGACGAUCACCAAAUUUAUGAUGAAAAAUUUUGGAAAAAUGUGAUCAAAGCUUCGUGUUCAACGAGAAGAUAUUCGAGGUGUGGCGUAAGGAAGAGGGGUGGUAUUGCCUGCAAGAAUAGAAAUGGCACACAGUAUGUGCACACAAUGGCAAAUAAACAAAUGGAGCAAUUCUUAGAUUCAAUGUGUAACGAAUGGUGGUUGAUAGUGGAGCAAUUAGAGAAGAUCGUCGGCAGGCAGGAAGGAGUAAGCAAUCGAGUGUACUUGAGUAAUGAGCGAGACUCGGCAUCAUCUUCACUCGGUCUCGGACUUAUAUGCAGCCGACGAGAUAGAAGUACUUCUCUUAGAAGAGAUUCGUGACCUGGAGCUACCAGCUUCUGCAUACUCUAGACCUGAAGAUAUUCAGGACUUCGAAAUUGCAGGCAGUCGGUCAGGGGGGCAAAUUAGCUCCCAACCUUUGGAACUGGAUUCACCAGGGGUUCAUUCAUGGGAUUCACAUGCUAAUUAUCACGGCUAUGGUUAUGGUGAUUACCAUGGCUCUUCCUCUAAUGCUUUGGCUUGGCCAAGAGCGAGUCAUUUGGUUCUUUAUUGUGACAUACAGGGACAUCUUAAAACAGCUAUUGGAGUUGUUAGACUCUUACUGCUUAUAUCUUCUGCAGCAUGUCUGGCAACACUGUGCAGUUCUGGUACUGCCAAGGUCAGUUUGUUUAUGCUGCCUUUAGUUGGACGGCUACGUUUCAUGAUCUUUGUAGCUGUUUUCUGUUUUCUGGUCACUGCAUUACUCCUCUUCCUUGAUAUUUCACACGUUGUCUAUGUUUUUCCUCUCAACUGGGCUAAAUUGAAUGCUUGGGUAUUCACUGGUAUAGGCUUAUCUUAUGCCUUGAGUAGCGCAUUACUAGCAUGCUCUAUAUGGGAAUAUCACAGUGGAGGCUGGGUACCACGACGCACUCGUUCUCAGUUAUCUGCUGCAGCAGCACUUGGAUUGUCUUGUGCUAUCUUAGCAUUUUUACUUUCAUGGAUACAUAGUCGCAGUGGAUCUAGUUGUAGGGGUCCAGAUAGCCAUAAUCAUACCCCAACACAACUUUAUAAACCUGUUGACAAUUCCUCUUCUUCUGGAGUUACUCUUAAAGAACGUAGUCCUAAGAGACCUGCUUCAUGGAAAACUCAACAAUCAAGGAAGCAGACUGCAGACAGUGACACAAAUACAAACAAUGGUCACCACAGCAAUGAUAAUCAUUCAAAGUACAAGCAAGGUGCUAGUAGGAAAGAUCAUUGGGCUUCUGCAAGGCAACAUUUCUUACCUUCCGAAGAUAAUACUGAAGAGAUUCAAAGAGAUGAUGUCGACACUGAAAGGAGGAGAAGAAGACGAAAAAAAGAGGGUGACGUUGGUUCAGCGGGCGAUGGAAAUUUAAUAAAUACUAAAACUGAUAGUGGUCAUAUUAUAGACGAUAAUAAACCUAGACGGGUGCCGCGACAGUUACCUUUACAGUCGAUAGAACAACCUCGACCUUGGCCCAGUGCUGAGCACAGAGGCAGUGGUUCUAUGCAAGUUAGAAAUAAAAAUUCGCAAGUACCAGUGAACAGUAACGCACAGGACUAUUGUGGUAUAACUGAAUCUAGUUCAAUGCAAGUGACUCAAAAUGGUUUUCACUGGGAGAUGGAAUGUAUGUCCAGUACCAGCAUUGAAAAAGUGGAAAUGGCUAUGGCUCGUACCGCCAUGUGGUCAGAACAAUGGCAACCACCACCUGAUGACGUUCAACCUUGCUCUAGCAAAACUAUUGACCCUUACGGCUUUGCCUAAUUGAAUUUGGCAAUGUAUAAAUGUACCUUCACAAAUAUAGGACUUAUUACAAUGGAUGACUUUUGGGAACAGUUAUACAAUGCAGAAGCUUCCCCUAAAACAAUAAUUUUACUUUUUCACAUAAUAUUUUCUUUUUUCUUAAGAUAAAACUGGAAGGAAAAUGCUUUAUUAUUUCGUAAAGAAAAGGAAUACUGAAACGAAUUUUACUAAAUUGGAUGUGUUAACAAUUUUUUUUUUAUAUAUAAAAUUGCACCAAUAUUAACAGUAAUGCACAGUGAUCGCGAAAAACUUUGUGUCCCAGUUUUUCUCAUCUUUGACAUUUAUCGUAUUAUCUCCCUUUGCAUAAAAAUAUAAUUUGAAAUUAA